AUCAAAUAUUUAUUAAUUAUCUUAUUAAUUUUAAUUUUAUAAUAAAUGAUACAAAAUUUAAAUGAUACUUUAAGUUGCGUUAAUAAUACCAGAUGGCGCUAUCUCAAGGUAUUAUAGAUGAGGUUAUAUCGCAACCUAAUCAAGUGAAACCUAUAAUCGUUCAGUUUCAAAAUGGUCAGCUGGCGGAUGAAGAGACUGAGAAUAUAUCUUGUGGAUUAUUCCAUGAUAAACAAAAAGAUAAAAAGUUAUUGGCUGUAUCCUGUAGACAAAUGGUAUAUAAAGGAUAUAAACCAGAUGAUAAACAGCAACUUAUGAACACAAUGCUUUUACUUCAUAAUAAAAGAACUGGAAAAGUUAGAUUGGUCGAAGCAGAAAGGUGGUCUGUAAAUGCUGUUCUUGAUAAACAAGUGUUAGAUAACGAUAAACAUACAAGCGAUGAGAAAAUGGUAUUAUUGAAUAAAAAAUUUGGUUCUAAAAAAGCUAAGAGAAAAACCGAGCAAUACGAAAAAAUGAAAGUUAAUGUUGACGCUGUUAAAGAUGAUCUUGAAAAAACUGUCGCAAACAUCAAAAUAGAUAAAGAAGAUUUAAAAACCCCAACAACAGAUGAGAUUAUAACCGACAUACAUAUACCUCCUUGUAACAGAGAUGCUUGCAAUGUCGAAGAUGUUUAUAAUUUGAAUGACAUUGUGCCAGAAAAUAUAUUAGAAACUCUUAAUGAAGCAUCUAACAAAAUCAUCCAGUGUGUCCCCACAGGCAAAUCCAAGUAUUUCAUGUAUAUCAUUAGAUCUUUAAAAUCAGACCCAGAUUACAUCAAGAAAGUUUCUAUUCUAUUAUAUAUGGAUGCAGUUUCCAAAUGGUUAAAUAUUCCUAUAAAAGAUGUGAAGAAACGUGGAGCUUCUAUUUGCCCUGAAUCUGAAGAAAUUAAUUCACAUAUUAUCGAUACUUAUAGCAUACAAAGUAAUGGUGGAAGAUUGAGACCAGCUAGUAUGAAAGAUAAAGCUAUUAUACAUUGUUUAAUCUUAGGUCUAAUAAUUUCCAAUUACGUAAUAAAUAUAGAAUUACUUGCAACUAUGUUACAAAGUAGAAUAGGAAUAAAGAAAUUAUCUAAUCUUUCAAGAAUAGUUGGAAUGGUCCCUUGUAAAAAUGAUAAGAAUUCAUACACUUUGAAACUACCUCUACCGAAGCAAAUUUCUAUGGUUAAAAAAGGAAGAAGGCAAACAUUAUAAAUAUCAUUAAAAAUGACCAAAAUAAUUGUAACAUUUUAUUAUAA